AUGCCAAAGGAAAAAGGGCCUGAAUGGCAACAUGUAAUUUGCGUUAGUGAUGACAGUGAUGACAAACCGGAUAACUUGCCAACCAUUCAAUGUAUAUAUUGUGACAGAAAAUUUGUUGGAGGUGCAUUACGAAUUCGUGGUCAUCUGAUUGGAGAUAAAAAAAUUGGUCUGAAGAAAUGUAGUAAGGUUCCUGACAUUGUUGCCUCCAAAUUUUUGGAAAUUGAAAGCAAGCGCCAAGAAGAUCAGAAGAAAAAACAGCAGCUGGUAAAAGUGGUACAACAACAUUCGGUUUAUAGAGCUCGUCAAGGUGUAUUUGGCCGACCUAUGGCUAUCGCUGCAGCAAAGACGAUGCCUGGCCACAAGUGGUGGAUGUCAUUCGGUGCACAAACACCUGAAUUACAAAAAAUUGCUGUCAGAGUAUUGUCACAGGUCACAUCAGCUGGGUCUUGUGAACGUAACUGGUCAACAUUUGACUUUAUUCACACAAAAAAACGCAACAGACUUGCAUGCAAGACGGUUGAGAAGAUUGUUAAUGUACACUGCAACUUACAGCUAGUAACAAAAAUUGAAGAUAUUAACUAUAUUGACGAGUAUAUCGAUUGGUCAUCUGAUGCUGACAGUGAUGACAAUGUGGACUGA